GUUUGACCCACUUCGGUUUAAAUGAUGCUACUGCAAUGGCGCACGCUCAGUCCUGCAGGCCCGUCCAAGCUUUCUGCUAUCGAAUUCUCGUCACCAAGCAGAGUACAUUCUAUCAAGAUAUUUCCCAGACUUGCAGCCCUUUGGUCAGUGUCCAGACAUCAUCGCUCGGCCGCACAGGACCAGAAGCGCCCUUUCUUGAUGUAUAUUUCAAUGCCUACCUCGUAGGCUCACUGGUGGACGCGAAGCAAAAGCUCGAGGCACCUACUAAUGCACUCAUGCCAACCGUCAUUCCAUACGCAGACGGUAUAGUGGAAAAUGCAGUGCCGAGUGAACACAAGCUCUGAGGCACUUUGAAUGCCAUUUAUAUCUUGUAUUUUCAACUGAAAUCUCAGUUCGCGACUUGUUCAACAAUUGU